CGGAGGAAGCAGCCCGGCAGGGUUCCUCCCCAGCUGGCGGAGCAGGCAGAGCAGAGCUGUGGCUCCACCAUGAGCUUUGGGGCUGAGGCCCCCAGGAGAGAGGUGCUGCUGCUGCUUCCCCGGGAGAGGAGAAGCCGCGGGCUCGGCCGGCGGCCGCGGAGGCCGGGAACCAGCGGCCGGCGCAGCGAUGCAGGAAGCCAUUGUGAUCACGGAGCAGCCGGUGUCCGUCGCUGUCCCGGUGGGAUACUCCUUCACCCUGCGGUGCAGGGCCGAGGGCCACAACCCCCUUCAGUACCAGUGGUUUUGUCAGCACCAGCUUGUUUGCCAGCAGAUUCCAGGUGCCACCAAGCCAGACUUGCCCAUCACUGCACAGCAGACACAACUCUACACCUGCAGAAUCAAUGACCUCUACAGAAAUGUCGUCUUUUCUGACUGGGUCAAGGUGGAGGUCCAUCCGUGUGUUGCCAGAGGAUUGCCCCCUCGGCUGUGGCAAGGAGAACCAGUCAUCAUCCUCAACCCUACCGAGCAGUGGGUGGAGGUGGGGAAGCUGCUACAGCUCCAGUGUGCUGCAAUGGGAGUCCCAGCACCUAGCUACCAGUGGUACCGGAAUGGCAACCUGCUGGAACACCAGAAGAAAAAAAAACUCUGGAUCACCCAUGCAAAGGUCAGUGACUCCGGCACGUACCUCUGCUGUGCCUCCAAUAGGCACGGAGAGCACUGGACCAACGCUGUGGAUGUUCACAUAGGUACCUGUCAGUCUGAAAAGUUUUUUGCUACAGGCAAGGUAGCUCUUUUAGUGGGCAACAACCGCUACCAGCAUCAUCCCAACCUGAUGGCUCCUGUCAAGGAUGUGUUUGAGCUGAGUUGUCUUCUGGAGAAGCUGGGCUUCCAGGUGGUCUCCCUUCUGGACCUGAACAAGGCUGAGAUGGUAACAGCAGUCAGUCGGUUCCUGCAGCUCCUGGAGAAGGGAGUCUAUGCUAUAUUCUACUAUGCUGGUCAUGGGUACGAACAUCUGGGGAGGAACUACAUGGUCCCUGUUGACGCUCCACAACCCUAUACCCCUGAAAACUGCAUCAGCGUGCAGAGGAUCCUCCAGAAGAUGCAGCAGCAGCAGACAGCCCUGAACCUCGUCCUGCUGGACACCUGCAGGAAGUGGUAUAACCCAGAGUGUGCCCUCUCCCAGGUACAGCCACUGGCACCCUGGGGCAACACCGUCUAUGGCUACGCAACGAGUGAAGAUGCAGAAGCCUAUGAGUUGCAGGAUGGGGAAUUCAGCUCUGGGAUCUUCAUGAAAUAUCUGAAGAAACAUAUUCUGCAGGACAAGAAGGUUACACACAUGCUGGAAGAUGUGUUAGAAGACAUUGGCCGGGAUCCCUUGGUCACUGGGAAGCAGGUAAUGGAGAUCAAACACACUCUGAAGGAAGCCCGGUCCCUGACUGACCCCAUCUGUCCCCUGGGAGCAGCUGCUGAGCACUGGGGACGCAGCCGCGAGCCAGUGAGUGAAAUGGUGACCUUCCCCUGCGGGGCGCGGGUGGAGCUCCGCUUCCUCUGGCUCUUCUCCAACGUGAUGUCCAUCGGCGCCAAGCUGUGGCAACCACCAGCCCACAUCACUGACGCCUGUCUCCUGCUCUGCCAGCCCAGCGAGGUGGAUGACGUGGCCAUCCUGAGAGAGCGCUGCCUGGACCAAGUGGAGUGUUUGCUUACUUCUUUGUACAAGCAGGAGGAGCUGGAUUGCGUCUUCCCACUCUGUGGACUACAGAACAUUCAGGCGGACGUGGUCCUGCAGUUGGAUUUGCAUUACACUCUGCAGAGCACAAGCCAGAGGACUUGUGAAACCCUGCAAACAACCCUCCGGAAAUCUCUGCUCGGGCAGUUUUUGAGCCAGAGGAGUCACUCCCAGCCACAUGACCAGAGGACUCCUGUCUGCUCAGGCAGCAUGUGCCUGCAGGAUGCGGCAGCACUGAGCACGGACCCGAAAGGGCCAGCACCUCUGAGGACAGGUCCGGGCCACAGCCUGCCCAGCAGCAAACCCUCCAACACCAGCAGCGAGCCAGAGGAGAACGAUGAGAGUGACCUGAGUGAUCUCUGCUCAGCGCUGCUCCGGGCUGGCCCAGGGCAGGACUGCCCCUGAGCCCACGGGCUGUGCUGUUCCAGUGCUAAGCACAUCAGAAUCCGUCACCUGCUUCGCAGCCUUAGCUAUCGGCCUGUCCAAAGGAGGCCAGGGCUACUUUUUUUCAAAAGGCUUUUGUGGCAUGCAGGGCCUGAAGCUCACUGGAAAUGACCACAGGAGUGGUCAGGAGCAGCAAGGAAUUGUUGUGUCUGGCAAAGGACAGGACCAUCUGACAAGUAAUAACAUUCCCAGGCAAAACACAGGGUCACCUGAAGUGACAGGCACUGGCGGAUGUUUUCUGCAAGUGAGGCUUUGAGUCUAAAGCCUUACAGCAUUAAAGGUGUUAAGAAACCCAUAAACACUACAGAAGCAGCACAGCCUCAGAACCUGACAGGUUGCUGACCCUCCUCGCACUUGUGCAAGGGAUGUGAGGCUUGAACAAAGGACCCAGAUGAAACUCUGUGAAUGUAUAAGCUUCCUCCUGGGAUCACAAAGUGGAUUUCUUUCCUUGUGAGUCCUUCCUGGGUUGAAGCAGGUUUUAAGUUAUGAGUUUAUGUAUUUCUAAAGAAUGUAUUUAUACUUGGGGCAGUACAGCUGCUUGCCAAAAAAAGGAAGGUCAGAUGUUCUGUCAAGUGUGUGUUUACAAUGGAGGCUGGUUUUCUAUCAGCAGUCCCACCAGGCAGGGAUACUUACCUGUGCCCCUUCUAGCAUGGCACACAGGAAAUGGAAAAGACCAAGCUGGAGGAGGAAGAACCUCAAAAAAGUAAUGAUUAGUGCAAAUUUUAUUUCUAAGUGUCUGUCUCUGUGUAUUCACUGUGGGCUACCUUAGACACUGCAUUUUGUUGAGCACCAGCUGUCCAGAGAGAGCCACAGGUGAGCAGGGCCCAAAGGAUGAUCCGAGUGGGUGCAGUCCCCUCCCUGCCUGCUCCUCUAGUUUUUGUUGGAUUAAGGUUUCAGCAUAGCUCCAGUUGAUUGCUCAGCAAAGGCCAAAGAGGGUGGUCAAAUAGUUCAGCUGGGGCCAGUGAGCCCAGUGAGGUGUGGGAUCUCCAUCCUUGCAGACAGUUCACUCCAAACUGGAGAACAUCCUGAUAACUGAUCCAAGCUGUUGGGGAGCUAGACCAGAGGCUGCCAGAGGUCACUUCUGGCUCUUGUAGUGCUGUGAAAGGAAGAACUUGAAGAUCAAAAACAUCUUGAAAGGUAAAGGAUGGUGGAGUGGGGAGGGUGCCCAAGCUCUGUCUUCUGCUUUGGUCUAAAAGAGAUAUGGAAGCAAAUAUUUUCUAAGUUUUAGUUCUCCUUCAGCAGUGAAGAUACUUUUAUUUCUGUCUGUGAUGUCUGUUGCAACAUGGAAGAAUAUCUCAAAUGCUCCUUCCAGGUAAACUGUCUGACAAGUGCUGGAAACCUGGCCAGAGAGAACAGAGAAGGCUUUUAUUCUCCUCACAGUGAGUAGAGCCAAGGGAAAGAAAAGAGGCCCCAUCUGGCUGAAGUCUAGAGGAUCUCUUAGGAAAAAAUGUAAGGCUCAAAAAAAUAAUAAUUUGCAGGAUAUAGUUAAAAGAAGGUGAACUGAUAGAGAAACUAAACUAGAAAAUAAUAAACUAAUUAAGAUCAAUUCUGCACCAACAGAAACUGAAGAUGGGUUAGUGGGAAUGGUUGUACAGGCUUUUGGGAGGAGCUGGGAGAUUCAUUGCCUCUUUGAGGAUAGUACACACCCUCCUGUACUGCUGGGGCAAAAUGUGUUUCUGGCUCCCAUAAUCAUGGCAGAUGUCACCUCAUGGGAAUGCUAAUCUCAUUCCAAGUGAGGCUGUUAAUUUUUUCUGAAUAAACCCUAUCAGUGUUUUUGAAUGCAUAAA